GGGUCGUCGAGAGAGGGCAUCCGCAACGCAGUUCCUUUUGCCAGGGGCAUUGAAAUGGGCAAGGAAGUCUAGCCAGCGAGCUUGGCGUGAAGUGCUAUCCUUCUUCGAGAGGGUGCAAGAGACGAUGGUGUUGUCAGUGCGGAUGGUGAAGUAUUGCUUGUCGAGGUACGGGCGCCAGCCGGUGAGGGCAUGAAUCACGGCGAGGAGUUCCUUCUCGUUGGAGGGGUAAUUCAUCUCCGCGGGAAGGAGCUGCUUGCUUGCGAAGCCAAUGGGGUAUUCGCCAGGUGGAGCCUCGGGGUGAGUGGGCGAGUCCUUGAUGGAGGGGGUCUCGAAGGUGUCGCGGGGGAAAUGUUGGGACAGUACGGCUCCAAUGGCGAAGUCAGAGGCGUCGGUGGUGACAUAGAAAUGGCGAGUGAGGUCGUCAAUCUUGAGGACAGGGGCCGUGGUGAUGGUUUGCUUGAAUCUCGGAAAAGUUGCAAUGAACAGGCGGUAAUAGUUGUCAAGGCCGAGGAAGGAACAGAGUUGGAGGAGGGUCUUGGGCGGGGGGUACUCGACGAGGGAUAUGACCUGCGAGGGGUCCAUACGGAUGCCUUCAGCAGAGACAGUGUGACCGAGGCAUUCGAUGCUCGAAGCGGCAAACAUACAUUUGUUGAACUUGUCGUAGAAUUUUUUCUCUCGGAGGGUCGAGAGGACAUGCUGGAGGUGCUGAAGGUGGGAUUCGAAGGUGGGGCUGAAGACAAGGAUGUCAUCAAGGUAGACAACAACGCAGACUUCGAGGAGGUUGCGGAAGAYGUGGUUCAUGGUAGAUUGGAAGGUGGCGGGGCCAUUGGUGAGUCUGAAUGGCAUCACGAGGAAGUCGUAGUCCCCGAACCGAGAGCGGAAGGCGGUCUUGUGGGUGUCCUCCUCGCGGAUACGGAUCUGGCAGAAGCCACUGCGAAGGUCGAUCUUGAUAAAGUACUUGGCUCCACGAAGACGAUCAAGGAGCUCGGAAAUCCGAGGGGUGAUGUGGUGGAAAAAGAAGGUGCGGGAGGGGGCGGGCGCGGGCUGGUGGUGGGGGUGGAGUCGUCGAUCGUGGUGAAGCAUGCAAGAAAGGAGGUCAGCAAGGGGCAUGUAGGGUUCGUGGGCGAGGGCGGUUGCAAGGUCUUUGUGGCAUACUCGUUUGAUGCGGGAGAUGAACGCAAAGUCGGGAAUGACAGUGGUGGGGAGGUGGUGGCGGAGGGAGCGGACGUAUUGGACGAAGCGAUCCGUGGGACCGGUCUUGCGAAGGUGGCAGAAUUGUUCAAGGUAGUCAUCAAUGGUUUUCUGGGGGCGGAAGGUGGCAGUGAGAAGGUUGGCCCAUUGGAGGAAGGAGUGACGUGGCCCUCCGGAGGCUUGACGGUUGCUGACUUCAACCAUCCACCAUUUGGCGGCAUUGCCGAGGAGGCGGGAGGUGGCAAUGGGGAGCCAGUUUGGAAGGUGUUGAGUGUGUGGAGGAUGGCGGAGAGGUCGGAGGUGGCGGUGUUUGCUGGUGGUUGUUCGCCUGCGAGGUUGCGGGCAAUGGUAUCGACCGAGUCGGUGCGGAUAUCAGACAUGUUGAUGGAGGAUGCGGCCAUGUCGGGGGAAGAGGGGGUGGACGACGCGGUCGGAACGGAUGUGGAGGAUGCAACAGCAGCGGUGGCGGUGGCAGCAGCGGCGGCGGCACGUUGGGAGUUCUUGGUUUGGCGUUGGACUUCAUGCAGGAGCACUUUGGACCAGAUCCUGGACAUCCUAACAAGGCCAGGAUUUAGGCCACCAGCACAAUCGUCGUUGCCGUUAUCGGCGAUGUCAGGCCCUUUUCCAGUUCAAGCUGGUGCACAGCCUAGUGGUACGUCUGCAGCAGCCGCACAGACUGUUGCAUCUUCUUCUUCGGGUCCAGCGGUGAUAGCUACAUCACCGCAACAACCUGUUCAGCAACCUCGACAGACGCAAGGUCAAUGGUAUCCUAAGACCCCGAUAAAACCGCCUCUUGCCUUCUCAGGCGAGAGAAAGGACGAGGAACUCAACACAUGGUUGAGAACGGUCCCGGUUUGGGUGAAGGCAAAGAGGACCCUGCCUGAGGACGAAGUGGUAACUAUUGCAUCCUACCUUGAGGGUAAGGCAGCCAAGUGGCUAGAUGGAGUAGUUGUAAAGGCCGGGCACGGGCGACGCAUGGCAGACUGGGCUAAGUCUUUGACGUUAGACCAGUUCAUGGAGAUGGUAGAAGCUCGAUGGCAUAAUCCACACGAGGCACAAAAGGCCAUUGAUGCCAUUAACAAACUAGACCAACGAAAGUUCAGGUCAGUUAGAGAGCUUACGACUACCGUUGAGAGCCUGAUCCUCGUCCCAGGCAUCAACUACAGUGACCAGUUCCUGUUAACAACGUUUGUUAGAUGUUUGCUAGAGAACAUCACGAACUUGCUGGCCAGCGAGGCACGCACGGAGUAUCAUUCGUUUGAGACAUUGUCUAGGAAGGCUUUAGAUUUGGAGGCCACUCUAGGCAAUGCUCAACCCACCUCACAGGCUGACUCAAAGAAGAAGAAGAGUCCUCAGGAGUGGAAGAAGAAGGGCGCAAAGUUGAUGAUGGUUGAGUCUGAUGGGACUCAAACUGAGAUCGAUGAGCUUUCUGACCUGAUGGACUACUCAAAUACAUUCCAGCAUGCUAUGAAUCGGAUCUUCCAUGACCAUUUAGAUAAGUUUGUCGUGGUCUACCUACACGACAUUCUGAUCUUUAGCAAGUCUGUCGAGGAGCAUGCACAGCAUGUUGAGACGGUACUUUCACUCCUUCGACAACACAAGUAUAAGGUCAACUUAGAGAAGUGUGAAUUCGGUCGCACUAAGAUACUAUACUUGGGUCAUGAAGUAUCCGCGGAGGGAAUUAGGCCGGAAGAUGCGAAGGUGGCUGGUAUUCGAGAGUGGCCACGACCUCAGACAGUCACUGAGGUCAGAUCAUUCUUAGGAAUGUGCGGCUACUAUAGGAACUUCGUAAAGAAUUAUUCUACAGUCGCCUCUCCUUUGACUGAUCUAACUCGACUUGACACGCCGUGGGACUGGAGUGAUGAGUGCGAGAGUGCUUUCAAGAAAUUGAAGCAUGCACUCAUGAAUCAUGAAGUUCUCAUGGUUCCCGAUCCGCAGAAGCCAUUCAUAGUAACCACUGACGCAAGCCAAUACGGCAUUGGCGCAGUGCUGGCUCAGCAGGAUGGGAAAAAGUUGAGACCGAUUGAGUACAUGAGUAAGAAGAUGCCAUCGAAGAAGUUGGCUAAGUCCACCUACGAAAGGGAACUCUAUGCUCUCUACAAGGCACUUGUCCAUUGGAGACACUUCCUUUUGGGAAGGUUCUUCUAUCUGAGGACUGAUCAUCAGACCCUCAAAUGGAUCAAGACUCAACCGGCUCUUUCUAAUGCACUCAAGCGAUGGAUUGAGGUCAUAGACCAAUAUGACUUCAGGCUUGAGUACCUGAAGGGAGAGUACAACAAGGUUGCAGACACGCUAUCCCGUAGAGCAGACUACCUAGGUGCGCUAGUUUCUGAAUUUGGCGUAUCUAAUGAAGUAACUCAAUCUUUGGUGGGAGCCUAUCAGGAAGACCUUGUCACGAUGGACAUCAUCUGCAAACUUCAGGCAAAACACAAGGGCACGGAAAGUGAGUUUGUGAUGGUGGAUGGGUUAAUCUAUCGUGAGAAGGCCGGAAUAAAGAGAUUGGUAGUUCCAUCUAGUGAACCUUUGCGUAGUUUGUUUUUAGGAGAAUGCCAAGACGCAAUGGGACACUUUGGCUACAAGAAGACGAGUGCUAACCUAGUACAGCGAUUUUGGUUGCCUGGUAUAUUUGAUGACGCCAAGAAGUAUGUGGAGACCUGUCAGGUCUGUCAGCGGGACAAGCCGCGAACUCAAGCACCGCUUGGGUUAUUGAAGCCUUUACCUAUUCCUGAUGGUCCAGGACUGAGUGUUUCCAUGGAUUUCAUGGACACCCUAGUGACCAGCAAGAGUGGCACACUUGAAUACGAUGUGCAAUAUGAGAAGUUGCUGCAAGAGGCUGUUGAACAUAUGAAGAAGGCUCAGCAAGCCAUGAUUGCUUCUGAGAAUCAACAUUGCAGACAGUCCACAUUUAAGGUACGGGAACGUGUCUGGGUCAAGGCUAGUGAGUUAGGACAGGAGUUCGGAAUAUCUCGCAAACUAAUGCCUCAGUACUUUGGUCCCUGGGAAGUCUUGGAUGUAGUGGGAGAUGAGUUGGAUGGUCCCACAUAUGUCAUUCGUGUCCCUGGACACCUACGCACUCACCCAGUCUUUCAUGCCUCAAAGUUUGCACCUUUCGCUGAGACUGAUCAAUUCCCUUCCAGGAGAUCGAUGCUUCCCCCAACCAUGGAUGGACAAGUCGACAUCGACGACAUUGUGGAUCACAGGGAUAUGCCUGUACCGAAACCGCUGGGUCGAGGAAGACCUCCUAAACCCAAGAGGGAGUACCGGAUCAGAUUCAGGCAUCAUACGGAUCCAAAAGAAGAUCGGUGGUUUACUCGGGAGGAACUGAUGGAAACAGCUCCUCAGGUGGUGGCAGAUUAUGAACGGAAGCUAAAAAGGAAGGCACCUGCGAAGUAAGCAUCUCAGCGGACUUUCGAACUAAGGGGGAUGGAAUGUGAGGAAUGAGCCCUCAAAAAG